CAUAUAUUUAUUUAAUUGUAAUUUAAAAAGUACAAAAGUUAACGCAAAAAAAUGCUUUGUCGUGUAAGCAAAAUGUCUAAUUGUAAAAUGUGUAAAAAGAACAUGUUAGAUAAAACUUUGAAGUGCAUCACAGUGGGUCUAAAGGGUGAAAUAGCAGUGAACUUAUAUGAAUAAAAAGCUUAAAAACUCACACAUCACCCAGGACGCUUACUCUCCCUUAAAAAAACACACACUCAAAAUGAAUAAACGUUUCGUUAGCCUUUUGAUGUUGGCCUGUUGGCUUAGUGUGGCCUACAGUGAACCCAGUUACGAGGAUACAGCCUCUCAAGUCAAUAGUCCUAAUGGGGGACACCAAGCCAACUCUCUGUUCAAUACAAAUGCUGACAGUAAUAUGGAUGGCGAUAAUAUGGAUGGUAUGAUUAUGGGUGCUGGUUUGGGAAAUAAGGACAAUUAUGACAAGAGAGUGGAGCGUUAUGCUUUUGGUUUGGGCAGGAGAGCUUAUACUUAUACAAAUGGCGGUAAUGGCAUUAAACGUUUGCCUGUGUAUAAUUUCGGUUUGGGCAAACGGGCCAGACCUUAUUCUUUCGGCUUGGGUAAGCGUUCAGACUAUGAGGAUUCAGAUGCUCAAAUUGCUGAAGAUUUGGAUAGAGCCUACAAUGCUGCUUUUAUGAUGGAUGAAAAACGCAACCGCCCUUAUAGUUUUGGUUUGGGUAAACGUGAUCCUUUGAAUGAAGAACGUCGGGCAAAUCGUUAUGGCUUUGGUUUAGGACGUCGUUAAAUUAUUGUUAAAAAAAAAGCUGAAACCCACCUGAAACCAUUCUCUGUUAAACAACCUUAAGUAAUUGUAAUUUAUUGUUGAAACAUUUCAUUUCUUUAAAACUAAUUCAAGUGAAAAUCUGCAAACUAAAAUUUUUCUUAAUUAUUAAUUUUGAAAUUGUGUGUGUGUAAAUUGAAUAAAUUUCCAUAAACUAACACUAUCCAGCCAAUAAUUCCUUUAAUUAGUUUUAACUGAAACGAAAUGUUUCAAAAAGUCAUAAUAUAUAAAAAAAACAAAAUUUGGCAACUGAAAAAUAUUAAUAUAAAUAAAAAAAAUUGUUUUAUUUGAAGGGAUAGUAUUAUUAUAAUUUAUUGAAUAAUUGUGUAAUAAUGCAAAUUACAACAAUACAAUUACUUGAAAUAAAUUAAGUUGUAAAACAUAUUUAUUAUUAAUAAUAAAAAAACAACAACAAUGUAUUUAUUUAAUUUAUGUGUAGUUUUUAGUAUGAGUGCCAUUUCCAAAAUAAAGAAAACUUGAAAAAAACCAAAAAAAAACUAAAAAUUUUUUUGUCAACAGUUUUCCCCAAAAAAAUUGUUUAUUA